GACCUGUUCGGCAGCAUGCUGAGGGCUCAGUGGCGCUGUGGGAAAGUGAGUUAGUGAUUCUGGUCGCUGGGAUGGAAAACUACGGCGUGGACGACAUCCUCCAGUUCAAAAAGAGCAGCACCAGGUCCAGACCUUCUCACCGUUCCGAUGCGGAAAACGCGGAGGAGCGUCCCAGAAACGAGAGGACGGCCCGAGAUCCACCGGACGCCGUCGAGCCGGAGCGACGCGAGCCGCCCGGCGGCAGAAAACCAGCCUUGGUCAGAUCAAAGACCUUCGAUCCCUCUCUGCUGACUCGCGUGCAGACGGACCCGGACUCCAAGAUAGAGAGGAAGAAGUCUUACUACAGCCAGCUUUCAAAGAGCAACUGCCAGUACCAUAAAAUAUUCAAGGAGAUCUGCAAAGAAGAACAGCUCAGACAGAGUUACACCUGUGCUCUGCAGAAAGACAUCCUCUACCAGGGACGGAUGUUUGUCUCCGACCACUGGAUCUGUUUCCACUCCAAGGUGUUUGGAAAGGACACAAAGGUACCGUAUCCCGUGGUUUCCGUCACGCACGUCCAAGAAGACAAAACCGCCAUCCUGUUGCCCAACGCCCUGGUUGUUCGCCACCGCUAAUGACAGUACGUCUUCGUGUCCUUCAUGUCCAGAGACAACACCUACAAGUUCUUGAUGUCCAGCUGUCUUCACCUGGAGGAGAAGAGUCCGUGCAGCAGCCCUGUCCCGUCCUCGGCUGCGAGCAGCUUCAGAGGUCAAAGGUCACCUCAGAGGUCACCUCUGACGCCUCACUAUGCUCUGAGCUUCCCGGCUGAUUUCUGCGAGCUGGACGUGGCGGUGAGGCAGAGGAGGCGAGACGUGGAGGAGAGCAGCAGCUCGGACUCACAGACCCCCGACUACGACAAGGCAGCAGAGUUCCCCGAUCCUCUGCCCGAACACCAACGGGUGAAGAACCAGCACCAGAACCAGAACCAGACCCAGACGCAGAGCUCUGACAACAAGCAGCAGGACAAACAGCACACUGGGUCAGAGCUGGUGAUUGACGGCAGAACUCUGAAAGCAGUUUCUCUCAACACUCUGCUGUCUGUCUACUUGUUACUAGUGUGUGUCCUGGUCCUCUCUUCCUGUUACUUGGCCUAUAAGAUCGUCUCGUUGGAGCAGCGGCUGACGAUGCUCGGAUCCGUGUCCUUCUUUGUUGUUCUUCUGCUCCCCAGAAGCGACUUCCUGUGGGGGAGCGAGGUGAACACGGAGCUUUUCUCUGAACUGCUGACCAUCAACCUGAUGAAGCUGGAGAAGGUGCAGAAGAACCUGCAGCGGCUGCUGGACGAAGCCUCCUGAGCGCACUGGGAACCAGUCCAACGGGCCGCUCCCAGUUAGCAUGUAUUUACUGUGGGAGAAAACACCACGGGACAAACCAGACACGUAUUACUGCAUCUACACAAAAGCACUUUAAAAUGACACGCUUGCGUUAAAGAGUGCACCCUUCCACAUGUAGCCACGCCCAGCUGUGAUGUCACCGCGCAGGGACACGCCCCUACGUACACUUCUACAUCGACGCAGCGAGAGAGAAGUUAAAAUGGGAAACAAAACAAGCCGUGAGGUGUCUUCCUCUCUGGUAGGGUUUUAAACAGUGUUACGUUAGUACUGAAUGAGGAGGUACGUAUUAUUUUAAAGGCCACGAUGUCAAGUGACCUCUUGAAGGAGGCACCACCAGAAGGUAGAACCCCAGCAGUACUCCACCAGAGGAACAUCUACAUCUUUGACCUGCUUUCUGGUCACAGUUCACAGGUGUCCGUUCAUGGUUCGGACUGCCGGAUGACAUUCAGGACAAAAUAACACAUCUGGAAUCAGAAGCUGACUGAGUUUAUGUCUCAGUGUGAGAAUUGGGUUCUUACAGUUAGACACUUGUCUAACACGUACUUUUCCUUUAGUGUUUAAAUGUAUGAGGAGGAACAUAUUCUAGUUAGCAUGUGUACUGUCGGUGGGACGGUGGCGUGGUGGUGGCACCAACCGCCAAGUCAAAUUCCUUGUAUGUCUGACAUGUUUUGGCAAUAAAUGUUUCCUGAUUCCUGAUCCUGGUCAGCA